AUGGAUAUGCUUAGGCUGAUUGAGUAUGAUCCGCACAAUUUUCAUUUAUUGAUGGAGGAUUGUGAGGCACGAGAUGAAUUGUUGGAUAAUGAGGAGUUUAUGAUGAAAGUUGUGAGUUGUGAUGGAAGAUUAUUCGAAUAUGUGAGUGUGAGAUUGAAAGAGUAUUUUCCACUCAUGUUGGAGGCUGUUAAACAGAAUGGUAUGAUGAUAGGUGAAAUGGAAGAAGAAUUUUAUACGAAAGAAUUAGUGUUACAAGCUGUGAAAGAAGAUGGACAGGCUUUUCCAGGGUUUGGGCAAUAUGAUAUGGAAAUUGCAAGAACAGCUGUUGAAAAUAAUGGACUAGCUCUGGAGAAUAUAAGUGCCUCAUUAAUGACAGAUGAAAUAAUUCAUUUAGCUUGUGAAGAGAAUCCAAUGGCAAGAGAUGGCGGGGGAAUUGAUUGGGAUUCCAAAGAUGAUUCAAUUGCAGAGAAGAUACUCAAAACAGUCAUGAAAGAACACCCAGAAUCUUGUGAAUACUUGGAUAACUUUCAUCUCUCAGAGGAAAAGUAUUUCCAAUUAACCAAAACUGCUCUCAAAUAUUCGCAAGAUUUGACUAUUUUAGAUUUUAGUAGAGGUUUCACAAAUGAAGAAUAUGAAGAAUUGGCUAAAUAUGAUGGCGAUAUAUUAUCCAUGGUUGAUGCAUAUUUUCACACGAGACGAAUGUUUUAUUAUGAUAGGGAUGUAAUUUUGAAAGCUGUUUCUCAGAAUGGACUUGCUUUGGAACACGCCAGUUACCAAGAUGAGGAAAUAAUUAAGGCUGCACUCAAUCAAACCAAAUUUGGAGGAAAUUUACGUUAUGCAUCGACAUUGAGAUCUGAUAAGGAAGUUGUGUUGGCUGCUGUAAAUUCUUGUGGAUUGUCCUUGAAAUAUGCUGAUAGCAAGUUGUUGGAUGAUCCUGAGAUUGUGAAAGCUGCCAUUCUCAAUAAUCCUUUCAGUAUAAGGUAUGCCUCCAAAAAAUUAAGAUUGGAUCUGAGCUUUGCUAGACUUGCCAAAGAACUGAGAGAAGCUGACCUUUCCAGAUUUGAUACAUGGCAAGACAUUACAUGUAUGUACAAAAAACGAAGUAGAGCUACCUUUGAUGAUUCUGAAUCAGAUACAGACGAUGAGGAUGAGGAGGAAGAAACCGAGAGUGAUAAAGAUGAAUUGUCCCAACCACCAAAACAAUUCAAAGUUGAGUAA